AGCUGUUUGCAUACGCUGAGGAAAUGCUGGAAAAAUCAUUGGUAAUCUUUUCAUUCAUCAAAUUACAUUUCCAAGUCCAAGAAAUUCGAGUGGAAAACAACUAAAUACAAGUUUCACAACGAAGAAUACUGGAUAAUUUUGCUAAAUAAAAGGCAAUGCUGACGCGCAAAGCGCAUGAAUGUUUAGUAAAGUCGCGUUUUCUAUAAAACAUUUUUUUGAAGUUGAAUACGCCACGAAUAUUGCUGUAUCUACUUGAAACAAUACGAUCUCGGAGAAAAAGCAUACAUUGUUUUUGAAGUUCUUAUAAGAUUUUUUGAAUGUACAAUUUUUUUUGAAAAUAAGAUGAGUAUAAAACCUGAUGUUGACUCAACUACAACUCCUUUUGAUGGCAAUGAUGAUGAAAUUAUUAACUGGGAAGAGGAAGCAGCUGCUAUUAUACGAGAUGUUAAUCCACAUGUUGCACUAAUCGAAAUAUCUCGGCAAUUACCUAGCAACGAAAGUAAAGUGUACCUGAAUGUGCGUACCAUUGAGGGACAGGAAUAUUGCGUACAAGUAUCCAGUAUUGGUUUUCGUGUAGUAGCUAAUAAAUUUGACGAAAUCAACGCCAAUAACAACGACGUAACCGAGGAUGAGGAUGAGGUAUAUGAAACGCCUUAUGCGUUAUUGGAUAAAAUCAGCCCUAGUUAUGUGGAAUCAUUUGGCAACCAGCUGUGCAAGCAACUGUUGUCCGUGCAACAAAUGCGUACGCAAUUCAAUGAAGAAGACGAGGAGGGUGUCGAGGAAGAGGAUGAUAUCGGGUGUCCAAAAGCGUCAUAG